GAAUCCCUUGAGGACUGCUUGCAAACAUUGUCAAGCAUUGAGUUAAAAGCUCUUGCUGGGGACCUGAAGUUGAAGGCACAAGGAAAGCGAGAGGUUCUUAUCAAGUCCCUGAUAGAUCAUUGCAGCAAGCAAAGGACUCUUUUCCCUGGGAUCACAUCUAUGAGAGAUAUACUUCGAAAAAAGGUGAAGAAAUUGGCUGGUUUGUGUUUCCGACUGCAUCGAGAACCACUGGAGCUGUUUUCCCGCAUCCUCAUGAUUUAUGCCCCCCAGAUGCUUUAUGAAGAAAAUGAAAGGAAGGGCCAACACUCCCAGCUCACUUCCCUCCUCCUUUCUAACAUGGGAAGAAUCAACUUCCCUACCUACCCUGUAACUACAACGAGGCAGCUAUAUCUUGAUCGCCAGGACUCCAUCUUUUACUAUGAGGCACAGAAGUUGUGCUCAGCACUGCAGGUGUUAGUGGAGAAAAAGGAGUGGACAGAAGCACUUGAAUUGUGUCAGCAAGCUGAACUUAAACUGGAUGUGUAUCAAUCUAAUAAGUUGUACAAGAUGCAUGUUCUUUAUCUGCCUGCAUUCCUUCGGAAGUUGACUGCCCCUUCCAUGUUAUGUUAUGCCCUCUCCAUUCAGGUGGAGGUCCUCGAGAAAUUGCGUCAAUAUGAUGAAGCAGUAGCACUGCUAGGUAGACUGCUGAAUCAGAAAAACUUCCUCCAGGACUCCCGAGCUCGAUGGUAUGAUCGUCUGGCCCUCAACCUUCAUCAGCAUCUCAAAAAACCUCAUCUGGCAUUGGAGGUGAUUAGAGAGGGAAUGAGAGAUGCAGAGGUACGAGGAGGACAUCGGCUGUCAUUGAGUGAAAGGGCUGAGCGCAUCCUUGCAAUGUUGAACAGGGAAAAGAGGAAAAAGAAAAAGAGUAAGACAGAAGGAGAGGAAGAGGAGGAUGAAGAGGAGGGGAUGAAAUGGGAUGGUCCUUCUUUCAUGUGUCCAAAGACUGCUCCUCUUGUCCUCAUCACUGGCAGAUCCUUGCCUAGGGACAUACCUGGAAUGAAGCGUGUGUAUGUGAUGGAUGGUGCUGAAGAAGGCUCCAAGAUAGCAUGCUCUGUUGAGGAACUGGUGAUUGGUCAUUAUGAGAAGAAUGGAUUCCCAAAUGGAAUUCAUGGAGAGGGCUCCACAUUUCACGCCAUCUUUGGCAUGUUCUUCUGGGACAUCAUCUAUAGUGCUGUACCUGAUGCCUUCAUCAAUAAGCAUCAAAUCCUUCCCUUGGAUCUCAACUCUCCAUUCUUCUAUGCUAGGUUUGGUUCCCUUUGA